GCGGUGGGAGCAGCGAGCUCUCCGCGGCCCCCCUCCUCCCUGCUCCGAGUGAAAACUGAGACAGUGAGGAAAAAGCAACGGGAGGACAUACCAAGGAGGGAGAAGGCUUCAUGUAUUAGCGACUCUACUGCUUUCGGGUACUUUUUUUCACCCUUGUUUCGUUUUUAACCGCACAAAUCCAUGUGCAUCCAUGUGGCGACAUCCAGCACGUCUCUUGUUCGGCUGGAAAACGUCGUAAAUCUGAGCGCGAGCACGGUGAGCUACAGUCUGACCGCCGAGGGUUAGCACAACUGAACUCAAGUUAGCCUCCUCUGGCUAACUUAGCCUGUUUCAGCACGAAAGAAAAGACUUUAAAAAAAACAAAAAACAACAGAUUUGUGGCUAAAAUAGUUACAGUAAUUAGUGACGCUGCGGCGUAGUUUAACUCGUAAUGUUUCCUCCACGGAUUAACUUCACGGACGGAUGAGAAAGAAACUAUCGACGGUGGAGGAGGGAACACAACAGCGAGCCAGACGACCACUGCUAUGUUGGGGUUGACUGUGAGCGCUGGCAGCCCGUCUGAGAGCCGGGGCUGGCCUCACUCGGUGCCGUGGAGGCUCGGGGGCUUCUUCUUCCUGCUGCUGCUGGAAGGCGCCGGCUGCCUCGCCAGCCACAGCAUUCCCUCUGGCGUCCACAUCAACAACAACAACCCUCGUGUCAACAUUUACAUGAGCGUGGAGGAGGUGAAGAAGUUUCUAGGUCUGGAUGCAGAGCUCUACUACGUCCGAGACGACGUGGUGAAUUUUUACGCUCUCUCCUUCAACAUGCCUGUGCCCACUGAGACUAACAGCCUUUAUUUCACAUGGUAUUCCAGGUCAAAGGUCGACUACAAGCUUGGAUUCUUCGUGGAGAACCCUUCUGUCCUGAAGACUCCAGGGAGCAACAUCUCCAGUCAGGGGGAGGUUCCCCGCGUUCCCUCAGUCUUCAGGGUAGACAUCAUCUGUUCAGAAAACGUGGAUGAAGAGGCGUUUGUCACCAUGCAGCUCAACCUGACCAACCACCCCAACUUCACAUUGCUCAACUUCAAGAGGAGGAAAAUGUGCUUCAAAAGAAUGGACUCCAACUUGAACAUUCCCGUUACUGUCAACAAUAACAGCGCGACCACAGCGGGCUUUGACGGUGUGGCCACGCCCACCACCUCCACCCAGGUGUUCUACAUCAGCGUGAGCGUCUGCUGCAUCGUUAUAUUUCUGGUGGCCAUCAUCCUGGCCAUCCUCCACCUGCACAGCGUCAAGAGGGUGGAGAUGGAGGACAGUGUGAGUGACAGCGGAAGCUCACAGGGUCUCUCUCAGCCGUCCACCCAGACCACUCAGUACCUGAGGGCCGACACGCCAAACAACGCCGCUUCCGUCACCAACAAUCACCCUGGCUCUGCACCCAUUCUCCAGCUUGCCGCCUCCUCCUUCCAAAACCCAGGUGCCCCCCCUCAUGAAACCAAAAGUUACCCUUCGCUCCGAAUAGAGAAGAAUGACCUGAGGAGUGUGACGUUAAUGGAGGCCAAGGCGAAAGUGAAGGACAUCGCCAUCUCAAGGGACAGAGUCACGCUGCGAGACGUCUUACAAGAAGGCACUUUUGGCCGCAUCUUCCACGGAGUACUGCUGGAUGAAAAGGACCCCACCAAGGAGAAGCAGGUCUUUGUGAAGACGGUGAAAGAUCAUGCCUCAGAGGUGCAGGUGACCAUGAUGCUCACAGAAAGUUGUAAACUUAGAGGACUUCAUCAUAGAAACUUGCUCCCAAUAUGCCACGUGUGUACAGAGGACGGAGAGAAGCCCAUGGUGCUGCUGCCCUUCAUGGCCUGGGGCAACCUCAAGCUCUUCCUGCGCCAGUGCAAGCUAGCCGAGGCUAACAAUCCUCAGGCCAUCUCUCAGCAGGACCUGGUUUACAUGGCCAUCCAGAUCACGUGCGGAAUGAGCUACCUUGCUCGCAGGGAGGUCAUCCACAAAGACCUCGCUGCUCGGAACUGCGUCAUUGACGACAACAUGCAGGUGAAGAUCACGGACAACGCCCUCGCUCGGGAUCUAUUUCCGAUGGAUUACCACUGCCUGGGGGAUAACGAGAACCGUCCCGUCCGCUGGAUGGCCCUGGAAAGCCUGCUCAACAACGACUUCUCCAGCGCCAGUGACGUGUGGGCCUUCGGAGUGACGCUGUGGGAGCUCAUGACGUUGGGCCAGACCCCCUACGUCGACAUCGACCCUUUCGAGAUGUCGGCCUACCUAAAGGACGGCUACAGAAUAGCACAGCCCAUCAACUGUCCAGAUGAACUGUUUGCCGUCAUGGCUUGUUGCUGGGCUCUGGAUCCAGAGGAGCGGCCAAAGUUUCAGCAGCUCGUUCAGUGCCUCACAGAGUUUCACGCCGCGCUGGGUGCCUACGUGUAAAAACGGGCAUGUUCGUGUAAACGAAAGCUGGAAGGAGAAAGAAAAAAAACAAAACUCUAAAGGCUUUUGGACUCGUGUAAAAUGUGCCUUAUCAGAGAUUCUUUGACUUUGUACAGUUUUUUUUAUUUGUUUAAUUGCCUUUUUACUGCAUAGAGGAGUAAAAAAAUAAAUAAAAUAAGAUUCUUGGUUUUCUGUUGCGGUCGCUUUCAAAGCAUCUCUUUCUUCCCCCCCAGAGGACUGGAACAAUGGAAGCAUGUCCUCCUCCUGUGUGACUCAUCAACAUUUUCUGGCGACAGGGCAGUGAUGAAUUGUAACUGAGCAAAACGGUGAAAGUGGUGAAUUUGUUCUGAAUGGUAGACUUUAACCGCCCGGCCGGUACAGCUGGUGUCGACCCAGACGUUUGGAUUUGCUCCGGCUCGGUACGAGAGGCGACCUGGAAACGGCACACACACUUACUUGUGUGUGUGUUGUGAUAUUUGUGAGAGCUCUUCAAAUGGUACAGCGCUUCCUCUGGAUGAGCUUCCUGGAUGAGCGUAACCGUGCCAACGCUCUAAUUUUUACGGCCGCUCUGUGGACGGAACCGCAGCGAAGCUACACACAGAAUCCUCCUCGGCUUGGAUUGGAUCCCCCUCUCCUUUCUUUAUUUGUACUUUUGAUUUAUGGUUUUGGAUUUUUUUGUUUUGUUUUUUUGUAUAAGCUUGAUUGUUCUGUGUCAGAACCAGCCCCAGCCAGAAUUUUCUGAGUGAUUUGUCGAAACGUUUGUGCUAUCAAUCACUGUGAAAAAACACACGACUGCCAACCUGCGUGCUCUCGUUGUAUUCUUCCACCCUUUAGCAUCUUUGUGAUGUGUUUUUAUGGUCACUGCAUGUCGAGAUAAGGUUGUAAACUGCUUCCCAAAUUCAUAUCCACAAAUAAAAUGGGAUCUUUUAAAAACAG